UGCGUCCUAGUCCACUCCUUAGCCCGCCAAGGCUGGAUUAUUAAUGCCAGCAACCUCCAAUAUUCUGCGAGUGAAAGGACAACCCAGAGAGAGAAACCGGGGAACAUGGCGAUGUUGUAACAGCGAUCGGGCUACGAUGGUCGCCUUCUUGCCCAAGUCAAACCCCUCUAUGUCACAUCUGAUAAACGUUCCUAGUGAGAUCGCCGUUCCGCUUCCUGUCUGGCAGUAUCCGACUACAUCCUAUCACUCACCCGAACAAUGUUCUGUCUCAGAAGUUGGCUGCCUCUCCUUUUCAUCCCCACGAACGCCAGCCCCCUGUUCAUCCUCUCCUUCAUAACCCUCACCUACCUCCUCCACCGACCAUGCAUCUACUGUUCUGCUCUCCUUCUGGUUCUCUUCCUCUCCUCAUGCCACUGGUCAGAUCGCUGCUUCUUCGAUUUCAGAGGUGACUGGUUUGCCCCUCGCUUCUCCACCCCAACCUCCUCCAAACCAGAACAUUCCGCAUCCGGAUUGACCGAAUAUGUACUGGAAACCGUGAACACCACGGCCACAGCGUUGGCUGGCGCUGCAGUGGAUGAGAUAAAGAAACAUUUUGCUCCUAAUAAUGGGACCGGGGCGGUGGGCGAUUCGCGCGUGGAAUGGACGGGCAUAGGUCUGGAAUGGCUGCGGAGCCUCCUUGGACGGAGGGAGUGGACGUUGCCGUGCGUCGAUGUGAAAGUCAGGCUUUGAAUCAUGAGAGCAAUUUUGCAUCAUUCGAAAAGCUGGAGUUGUGGUCGUUUUGCCUCCUUUUUUUUUUAUCAUUUUAUGCUGUGUUCACGAGUGAUAGGGCUCAGCUAUUCUAUUUUAAAGUUGCAUUUUCUUUUCUUUUUCUUUUCCUUUUUGAGCCUUGCCGUAUAGCUAUCAACGCCGGAAAGACAAAGCGUCAUUGUUGACACUCGGGAGGGGACAUUUGGAUAUAUAGCACUCGAUAUGGCAUUGUAUAUUUACCCACGC